AUGCGUGCGUGCCGUUCGGCACGAGAGGUGAGUGAAAACUCGACCCAUGCGUGCGUGCCGUUCGGCACGAGAGGUGAGCGAAAACUUGACUCAUGCGUGCCUGCUAUUCGCCGGGAAAGGUGUGUUGGUUCUCAAAAGGAGAAGAAUGGAGAAGGUGAAACGUUGAAGUGUAGGCGCAAGUGGGGAGGUGAGGGCGCUUGGGCUCCCCUGUGCAUGGGUGACACGUGUCGGCAAGGUUGCGAAGAGUUGCAACGUUUCGGUUCCCGAUGCGAGGCUCGUCCUAUAAAUCGAAGGAAGAGGUGGUAUGAGGAGGCGAUUUCAGGCGAUUUUUGCAAAGGCGGAGCGAUUUCUGGCGACUUCCACCACCGUGGAAAACAAGACACUGAAUCAGACUAUAGUUGUAGCCCAAGAGCGUUUGAUGGAGAAUUGGCAUCGAAGAGCUCGACCGCAGGGCUUGAUAGUGCCGGUUUCGAGGAGACCGAGGGAGGAGAAGUGCCGAAGGUGUCUACCGAUACGGGGAGUACUUCGAGUGUGGAAGUAGUGAGGGCUGAAAACGCCCACCCAUCGACAUCUGGUCAUCGAAUGCGAGAGGCCGAGGCCGAUGUGUCGGUCGCCGAUCCUAGGAAAGUCGUGCUGACGGUGGUCACUGGCCGACAAAGGAUACCGAUGGCAAAGCCAAAGGACCUUGUGUUCGGGGUGGACCACCUAGAGCUGAACGUCUUGACCGAGGCGGAGGUGGCGAAGAUCCGGGCCCUGUACAACAUACCGGAAUUGGUAAAGAUGCGGAUCCCAGGGCCGUUGGAGUCAUUGAGCAAUCCGAAGGGGGAGGUGGGCUUCUUCACGGAUGUCUUCAAGCACGGGCUUCGGUUGCCACUGAGGCAUUCCGUGCAGAAGAUCCUGGCGGCGAUUGGCUACGCCCCUGGGCUGUUUAACCCAAAUUUUUGGAUAACACUCUUGGGGACAGUCACGGCCUUCAGCUUAGCUCGUGAGGGGGAGCCGAGCUAUGAGUAA